AUGAUCUCAAAAGAACCAUCCUUGAAUCCGCCACACAGUCUGAUUCUGGACUUGAGACGAACAAGUUCAUUGGCUUCCUCGUGGUCCAUCGCAUUUAUUUUCUCUCAAAUUCUCAAGAACAAAACAUCAGCUACUGUUUAUAUACCUUCGAUUAAAAUGCAAUCGGCUACGAUAUUUACAAUUUGUGUUUAUAUGAUCAUUCAAAUUGCACCCACAAACCAACGAAUAAUCGAAGACGAUUCUUUGAAUUUAACCAUAGAUGGCGACUCAAGCGAUACGAAGAAAAACAGCGAAAUUAGCAGCAGUGGCGAAAUGGUCAAAACCGUAACAUACCAUCGGGCGUCGACGCCAACACGGAUUCUCGAGUGCAUUACGAGGUUCUCUAUUCUGCGGUGUUCGAAGUUGUUUGUGCUGCAGAAAAUGGAAGAACGACAGGUAUAUCCUCGAACUGGAAAUCUGACCAAGGACUUCCUGGAACAGUUCUUCGGAGGUGAAGACGAUGAAAUGGGUAUGGACAGUUUAGUGGAGGGAAAGUUGGCCGAAAUCCCCGAUGACGAGUUGACGCAACGAGUGAUUUGGCAAUUCCAGAGAUUUUUCAAAAAUCGAAAUAUUCAGCUGCAUUUCUUGCCUGGAGUUAAAGUGAAAAUUGUCCCCAGUAAAGAAAAUAAACUAAAGUUGUCGCUGAAAAGGAACAAACGAAGAAACUACCAGGAUAUUGGCACAGGACGUGGGAAAGGUGAUAGGAAAAAGAUUAAAAAGAAAUCCAAACACUCGUAUAAGGAUUUAAUGAUCCAGAUGGCUGUUCCGGUGAUGGUUAUGCCAGCUGUGCUAUUGGGAACUUUUCUGCCUUUCAUAUUACCUGCAAUCAAAAUGGCAACUUUUAUGUCUACAAUUAUGAAUAAUAGCGCCUUUUUAGCGGCACUUCUUUAUGCAGCCAGAACACAUGUUAUGAAUAGUGAUAAUAAUGAGGCACAACCAGUUAUGUAUUCGCCACAUGGAGGAUUUCACUAG